CGUCACGCUGCUGGAGGAGUAAGAGUGUGAGAAAUAAUUUUGCAAACCGCGAGGAAGGGAUGACGCAUCCUUUGCGACUGGAGGAGGCCCAGUACCUAAGUUCUCCCCUUCCUGACUGUUGGGCUCAACUGUGAAAUAGGACAAAGACACGAGGCAAGUGCAAGCUAAAUAGACCGGCGUUAUCACUGCUAAUGGGUGUAGUGUGUGGCCUGGCUCCUGGCUGUGGGCAGGUGCACGUCCUAACUGAGCUCCAGGAUUGGAAGCUCAUUGCAACGCUGGAGAAGCAGAACAAGGCGCUCGACCAAGAUAGGACAGCUCUGCAGAAGGUGAAGAAGUCUGUGAAAGCGAUCUAUAACUCUGGGCAAGAUCAUGUGCAAAAUGAAGAAAACUAUGCGCAAGUCCUGGAUAAGUUCGGGAGUAAUUUUUUAAGUCGCGACAACCCAGAUCUUGGCACCGCUUUUGUCAAAUUUUCUACCCUUACAAAGGAACUGUCCACGCUGCUGAAAAAUCUGCUCCAGGGCCUGAGCCACAAUGUCAUCUUCACCUUGGACACCCUGUUGAAAGGGGACCUGAAGGGAGUCAAAGGCGAUCUCAAGAAGCCAUUUGACAAAGCUUGGAAGGAUUAUGAGACGAAGUUCACAAAAAUUGAGAAGGAGAAGAGGGAGCAUGCAAAACAGCACGGGAUGAUCCGCACGGAGAUCACCGGGGCCGAGAUCGCCGAGGAGAUGGAGAAGGAGCGGCGUCUCUUUCAGCUCCAGAUGUGUGAAUAUCUCAUUAAAGUUAACGAAAUCAAGACCAAAAAGGGUGUGGACCUGCUGCAGAAUCUCAUCAAGUAUUAUCACGCACAGUGCAAUUUCUUUCAAGAUGGCUUGAAAACGGCUGAUAAAUUGAAACAGUACAUUGAAAAGCUGGCUGCUGAUUUGUACAAUAUAAAACAGACCCAGGAUGAAGAAAAGAAACAGCUAACUGCACUCCGAGACUUAAUAAAAUCCUCCCUGCAGCUCGAGCAGAAAGAAUCUAGGAGAGACUCUCAGAGCCGACAGGGGGGCUACAGCAUGCAUCAGCUCCAGGGCAACAAGGAGUACGGCAGCGAGAAGAAGGGGUACCUGCUGAAGAAAAGUGACGGGAUCCGCAAAGUGUGGCAGAGGAGGAAGUGUGCCGUCAAGAACGGGAUGCUGACCAUCUCCCACGCCACAUCGAACAGGCAGCCAGCCAAGUUGAACCUUCUCACCUGCCAGGUGAAACCGAAUGCCGAGGACAAGAAAUCGUUCGACCUGAUCUCACAUAAUAGGACGUAUCACUUUCAGGCAGAAGACGAACAGGAUUAUGUGGCAUGGAUAUCGGUGUUGACCAACAGCAAAGAAGAGGCCCUGACCAUGGCCUUCCGUGGGGAGCAGAGCACCGGGGAGAACAGCCUGGAAGACCUGACCAAAGCCAUCAUCGAGGACGUCCAGCGGCUCCCUGGCAACGACGUCUGCUGCGACUGUGGGUCGGCAGGUACUUAUCCCCAAAAACCCACCUGGCUUUCCACCAACUUGGGCAUUUUGACCUGUAUAGAAUGUUCCGGCAUUCACCGGGAAAUGGGCGUGCAUAUUUCUCGCAUCCAGUCUUUGGAACUAGACAAACUAGGAACUUCUGAACUCCUGCUGGCCAAGAAUGUCGGGAACAGUAGUUUUAACGAUAUCAUGGAGGCAAAUUUACCGAGCCCGUCACCAAAACCCACCCCGGCAAGUGAUAUGACGGCACGAAAAGAAUAUAUUACGGCAAAGUAUGUGGAUCACAGGUUUUCAAGGAAGACCUGUUCCUCUUCAUCAGCUAAACUGAACGAAUUGCUCGAGGCCAUCAGGUCAAAGGACUUACUUGCACUAAUUCAAGUCUAUGCGGAGGGCGUAGAGCUCAUGGAGCCGCUGCUGGAGCCGGGACAGGAGCUCGGGGAGACAGCCCUUCAUCUUGCAGUCCGAACUGCAGAUCAGACGUCUCUCCAUUUGGUCGACUUCCUUGUUCAAAACUGUGGGAACCUGGACAAGCAGACGGCCCUGGGGAACACGGCGCUGCACUACUGCAGCAUGUACGGGAAGCCUGAGAGUCUGAAGCUGCUGCUGCGGAGCAAGCCCACCGUGGACGUCGUGAACCAGGCUGGAGAGACUGCCCUGGACAUAGCCAAGAGACUGAGAGCCACCCAGUGCGAAGAUUUGCUUUCCCAGGCUAAGUCGGGGAAGUUCAACCCACACGUCCACGUAGAAUACGAAUGGAACCUUCGGCAGGAGGAGAUGGACGAGAGCGAUGAUGAUCUGGACGACAAACCGAGCCCUGUCAAGAAGGAGCGCUCACCGCGACCGCAGAGCUUCUGCCACUCCUCCAGCAUCUCCCCCCAGGACAAGCUGUCGCUGCCGGGGCACGGCACUGCGCGGGACAAGCAGCGGCUGUCCUACAGCGCCUUCACCAGCCAGACCUUCGCCUCCGCCAGCACAGACUCGCCCACGUCACCCACCUCGGAGGCGCCUCCACUGCCUCCUAGGAACGCCGGCAAAGGUCCAACUGGCCCACCUUCAACACUCCCUCUAAGCACCCAGACCUCUAGUGGCGCCUCCACCCUGUCCAAGAAGCGGCCUCCUCCCCCACCACCCGGACACAAGAGAACCCUGUCUGACCCUCCCAGCCCACUACCUCACGGGCCCUCAAACAAAGGCGCAGCUCCCUGGGGUAACGACAUGGGUCCGUCGUCGUCAAGCAAGACCGCAAACAAGUUCGAGGGACUGUCCCAGCAGUUGAGCACCGGCUCUGCGAAGACGGCCCUGGGCCCGAGAGUUCUUCCUAAACUACCUCAGAAAGUGGCACUACGGAAGACAGAAACCAGCCACCAUCUCUCCCUAGACAAAGCCGGUGUCCCGCCUGAAGUUGCCCAGAAAUCCGCACAGCCGGCGGACGUGCCGCAGAAGCCACCACCUGGAGACCUGCCCCCAAAGCCCACCGAGCUGGCUCCCAAACCCCAGAUUGGGGACCUGCCCCCUAAGCCAGGAGAACUGCCCCCCAAGCCACAGCUGGGCGACCUGCCACCCAAACCCCAGCUCUCAGACUUACCUCCGAAGCCACAGAUGAAGGACCUGCCUCCGAAGCCACAGCUGGCGGACCUGCUGGCAAAGUCCCAGCCCGGCGACGUCUCGACCAAGGCUCAGCCGUCCGACGCCACCCUGAGGCCGCACCCCGCGGACCUCUCCCUGAACAUGCCGGCCCGAGACGCCGUGCGGAAGCAAGCCUCGGAGGAUGCCAAUGACCUGACGCCCACUCUGCCCGAGAUGCCUGUCCCGCUGCCCAGGAAGAUCAACACGGGGAAAAGCAAGGUGAGGCGAGUGAAGACCAUCUACGACUGCCAGGCCGACAACGAUGACGAGCUGACCUUCAUCGAGGGCGAGGUGAUCGUCGUCACGGGCGAGGAGGACCAGGAGUGGUGGAUCGGCCACAUCGAAGGACAGCCGGAGAGGAAGGGCGUCUUCCCCGUGUCCUUCGUGCACAUCCUGUCCGACUAGAGAGAAGCAGAACCC